AGAGUGCCUCAAUAGAGUGAAAUAGAUAGAGUAAAAAAGAGAAAAUUUCACUAUCAGAGUGAAUUUUACUAAUUUUUCACUACCGUAUUUAAAGAAUGAUAUUCACUCAUUUAAGAGCGAAUUUUCACUCGAGAAAGAGUGAAAUUGUAGUGAUCACUGUACACACUGUUUAGAGUGAGAUUCACUGUUAAAAUUAAGGGAAUAUUCCUUUGCAUAUGCAGCAUCUUUAUUUCAUUGGAUAUAUGCUGUAAGUGUACAUAACAAAAUUCACGAUCUGUCGACCUUGUAUAGACACCUAGAUCACAUUUAUUUGAAAUUCGAUUAAAUAUUAAUAUUCAUAUUCCACGUUGCAGUUAUAACGUUGCAGUUGCAAACCAUCACCAUCAUCAUCAAUGGCAAAUCUAGGAAUUCGAGAUAGAAGUAGUAGUAGAGAGACAUUUACAGAUUAAACCACCCCACCAUGGUUGAGGCCGAUUUACAAAUAUCUAUGAAAGGUAGAUCGCGACAUAAUGUUCGGAGGAACUCUCAGAAUUAAAUACUUUAAUAGUGGAUAUCUCCCUCCACCCCUUUUUCAAAUACUUAUUGGGGGAAGGGGCUGGGUCGGUUAUCCCAUCUUUAAUUCUCCCCUGAUUAUCAUUGUGUUAUAGUAGAAGGCCGGAAAAUUCGUAUGGAAAUUGCGAAUAUGGUACGUCACUGAAAACAAAUCUUGCACACACCGCCCUCUAUCUUAAACUAACAGAUAUAUCUAAUAGGAAGAUUCGCAUACGCAUAAGCGGCAAUAAUAGUCCCAGUGGAAAAACUGAUACAGCGUUUAUUCCACUUACGUGGGCAUACAGUUCUUCAAUGUUAUGAUCGCUACAAGAGGCAUUCGACCGUGACGAAGCAUUGUCCAGAAGAUAGUCAGUCUUGUUUUUUUAACUAAAUCCCCCACUUCUGAAGUAGAUGUAGAAAUUAUUCAAGUGUUGCUGUUAUCUUUGUACUAUCGCAUAUGGUUUUCGUUGUAAUGCUUUAGCUACUUUUACCGUGCGUCUGGACUAUAUGUACACCGUUAAAGUGCAUUCUAGUGAAUUUAAUUAUACAAUCGGAACCCAACAUCUAAACAUAUAGGAUUGUUCAAUGUGAGAUAUGUCAUCGGAAUUAGAGUUGAUGUUUGUAUAUUGAAAAGAUAUCAAGAAAAUGGGACAAUGCUGUUGCUGUUGUUAUUACAUUCCUCGUCAUCAGGCUUUAAGCGAAACAGAUUCAUUCGCCACUUUAACAUCGUCCACGGGAAGUAACACGCAAAAGAAUCCACUGUCAGAUACAAAGAAAAGCGAACGAGUAUGGUUCUGGGUGUCGAAGGCCGACACCACAGAAGAUAAGAAGGCUCCACCAACAUCAGAAAGUGGCGAAUCGACAACAUCGCAAGAAGAUGCUGUUCCCGCCAUCACAUUAACACAUUCUCCGAACAUAUCGCCUCUUAUGGACAGAAGGCGUUCAAGUUUUGUCACCCCACAAUUCCCACUUGGCACCUUACGUCCGGAGCUGUACCCUAGCGACGACGUCAAAUCUGAUGGAAAGCGUUCUAAGUCUUUUUCUGGGGGAAGCAUAGAUGAAUUCACCGAAACGUACGGGUCCAUGACGUUCGCCAUCAGAUAUAGCAAGGCUUCACAUAGAAUGGUUGUACAUCUACAGCAAGUUUCUGAUCUCCCAGCGAAGGGACAUGGCGACACGGCAUACGAUACAGUCGUUUCGGCGUGCAUCUUACCAGACGAAAAAUUCACAAGCGAAUCGAGUGUAGUUCAUAAAACAUUAAGUCCCCAAUAUGACGAAGAGAUUGACUUCCCUUUGGAUAUGAAGAAAUCGUUAGAAAAACAAGCACUUCGCAUGUCCGUCUACGACGCCGUACGUCGCCACAAGUAUAACGUCGUGGGUCACGUGAUCGUUCCUUUUACGCAAUGUGACUUCGGAGGGCAUCCAAAAACUUUUAAAAAGGCAAUAAAAAAACGAUCAAUGAUAACUCAACAUUUGGGUCGUUUGAUGUUGACAUUAGCGUACCUACCAUCCAAUGAACGAUUGUCUGUAGUUAUACUACGAGCUAACGGGUUACAGGGUAAAGAAAAGGAAUCUAAAGAACUUCAAUCGUUGGAAACGUAUGUAAAAGUAUCUCUCAUGGUAGGCGAGAACAAGGUUAAAUCUCGUCAUACAAACGUUUCAACCGGAGCAAGUCCGAUUUUUACAGAAUCGCUGACGUUUGUAGUUCCCAGUGAAUAUAUAAGCGACGCAUGUCUUGUAAUACAAGUUCUGCAGAAGGGACAUUUUAAGAGAGAUGAUACGAUUGGUAGGUUGAUUCUAGGACCGUACAUGUACACAGAUGGUCGGAAUUUAAGCCAUUGGGGCAGAAUGGUCAGCCAUCGUGAAGCAACCAAAAAGUGGCAUGAUUUAUACUUAUAAACAUUUUGAAAAAAAAAGUUGAUGUUUUGUGAUUUUUUUUAGACACUGCCACAUAACAGCUGCUAUUACUAUUGCAAAUAUUUUGUGCUUCUCAAAUUUAGUUGGCACAACUGACAAAUAUAUUUUUCGAGUUAAAGAAAUGGAAUUACGCCAAUUGGUAUUAUAUGAUCACUGAGUGAUAUUGACAUUUUUUCUCCGUAUCCAAUAUAGACCUAACAGGUUUGGCUUUGUAUCUACUGUAUUAUAACUCUCUAUAGCUAUUGCUUAAUGAAGCUUUCUAGUAUCAGUGAUGUUCGCGUCGUGAAAUUCACAUGUGGAUAUUUAUCGAAUGUGCGUUUUGUGUUUGUCACCACUUGGACCUAAAGGCAACUUGAUAGUAGGUCUAUACGUGUAAAAGGACUACAGUAUAUGUAACCGGUCUCUCCGGCACCUCGCUUCCACCACGGGGAACUAAUGUACAAUUGAAGCUGCGACUUACGUUAUGCAAGACUACACCGACAUGUGUACAGGUUCAGGCCCAUAGCUCUUCGCCUGUUCUAUAGAAACAACCUAUGCGAUGAAAACAAAAAAAAAUCACUCAUGUUUUGUAAUAUAUAAUCUUUAUAUGUAGCUUAAAGAAAGUAAUAGUAGGAUCGGAGGACUAGCAACAACAUUGUGCUGAAUUAUUGCGUAUGGGCGUGCGUAGCCAAAGAGAAGGGGUAAGUAACUUCAUGUUCAGGUAGGGGCUGACAUAAACCUAGACAUCGGAGUCCUCCUACACUUCUGAAAUAUGCAAUGAGCUUUUUAAAUUGCACACGAGCCAGAUGUGUACUUUUAGACCUCCGGUUCCAAGUCCUUAUUCGAGUUCAACCAACCUAACCAAUCCGGAAAUGAGCGAUUUGAACCAGUGCCGAUAUUAAGGCUAUAAGUUAACGACGCCCCUGCUUUACCACUCAAAAACUUCCAAGCAGAUGUUAUUUGUCGUAAGCCGUCUAUAGCAUUCUUGCCAUCUUGAACAUCGACAUUGGUCGAGCUAGAUAGUUUCUUUAACUCGACAAAACCUAAUAAAAGAUUUAAUGAGAUUUGGAAAAUUUACAAGCCAGAACUUAUUGGCAAUAUAUUGCGACAAUGAAUAGACGUGGCUAAUCCAAACCUGCACACAGAGUUUCAUUUACUGUUACGUGUUUAACACUCUAAACAACGACUUAGUCACUGUCUAAAUAUUGCUAGGCCCAAUUACACUGUACUUACCUUGUUUAAUAGAUGCAACCUGUUAUUAUCCUAUGCUGGUAAACAGUGAUCUACUCUGUUUCUGAAUUCCUCCUGUCUCCUCUUGUUUUCUGGGCUAGCAGUAUAUUUUAUUUAGAUAUAGGUUGUACGCCUAUUGUUUUCUUGUUAUUAUGUACUUGGGAAACAGCGUUCUGAUGUCUUAUGGGACGCCAUAGUGAGCACGUAUGAUUACUAUUACAGUAUACUGUAUCACAGACCCUAUACUGGUAUAGGGUCUGUGACUGUAUAUUGUUAUUGGAGACGGCUGCCGGACACGGUGGUAUAUCUUAUUUUUUUCCUUUUCUGUAAAACGUAACUUUAUUUUUAUUAAUUGGUGCAGAUAAUUAUAUUCUGUAAUUACUAAAUUAUUACGCAUACAAACGUGUUUAUGAUAUGAAAUUCAGACGGUGUUGUGGGAUAUUCAUUAAUAUUAAUUGAUUCUGAAAAAAUAUCUAGCGCCACCAAUCGAUUACGAUACUUAAUAUCGCAAAUAAUGCUUAAGAUGGCUUUUGAAAAAAGCGCUGCACAUACGACCGAAUGAUGUGAUUACGCCUGGUCAGCAAUUUUGCUUAACUCACGCAAGUACCGUAAACAACAUGUAGCAAAACCUGCUCAUUAAAACAGUUCAAACGGGAGAACUCGAAUCAAUACAAACGUGCCUUAUAUCUAUAAUCUAUCUGUAAUCAGACACGUUUCAAAGACGUACAGUAUCGACACUAUUUAUUAAAAACAUUUUGUUAUAAUAUGUGAUAUGGCAUUUGUUAAUUACAAAAAAAAAA